AAAUGAGAACCCAGGGUCCCCCUGAGGGGGCUGGAUUGGACCCCCAAGCCCUCCUUCCAAGCCCCAGCCCACUCCAGGGGACACCUAUCUGGACAGUGCCCAUAAGAAGAGCAGAGGAAGGAAGAGCUCACCCCAGCUGGGCUCCUGAGCCAGGGCCAGGGCUCCCGUGAAGCCACUACCCGCUCCAGCUCCGAGCAGGGCCAUCCUGCAUGCCUAAUCGGCUAUUUAAGGAGCUGUUCGCCAGCAACCCGGCAGCACCCCCCCCACCACGUACACCCGUCCAGAGCCACCUUAAAAGCGGGAGGCAAUUGUGAAGUCGCUGGCCUGCAAGUGGAGUGAAGACUGUAGAGGUAGAUUUAAAAAAGAGAGGCGGCGAGAGAUUUGUCCUGGGGACCCAAAACCCUGCGGUACCCUACUGAAAACCAAAUCCCCUGGAAGCCCACAGAGACCCAGAGAACGCAAGCAAAAAAGAGAUAAAUACAUCCAGCUCAGCUCCAAGAAACUCCUCUCUCUCUCUGUCCCUCCCCACUUCCUUCUCCCUCCCUUCCUCCCUCUCCCUUUCUCUCUCUCUCUCUCUCUCUCUCUCUCUCUCUCUCUCUCUCUCUUUCUACCUCUCUCUCCCUCCUCCCCCCCACCUUUCUCUGCCAACCCUAGCCCUCUAGUCCCCAAACUCCCAGUACCUGCUUCUUCUGGGGAUACCAUGUUGUUCUUCACUCUCCUGCUGGAGGUGAUUUGGAUCCUGGCUGCAGAUGGGGGUCAGCACUGGACAUAUGAGGGCCCACAUGGUCAAGACCAUUGGCCAGCCUCUUACCCUGAGUGUGGAAGCAAUGCCCAGUCCCCCAUCAAUAUCCAGACAGACAGUGUGACUUUUGACCCUGAGCUGCCCACUCUGCAGCCCCAUGGAUAUGACCAGCCUGGCACUGAGCCCUUGGACCUGCACAAUAAUGGCCACACAGUGCAACUCUCUCUACCCCCUACCAUGUAUCUGGAGGGAUUUCCCCGAAAAUAUGUAGCUGCCCAGCUCCACCUGCACUGGGGUGAGACAGGAUCCCUGGGGGGAUCAGAGCACCAGAUCAACAGUGAAGCCACAGCUGCAGAGCUCCACAUUGUACAUUAUGAUUCAGAUUCCUAUGGCAGCUUGAGUGAGGCCGCUCUAAUGCCUCAGGGCCUGGCUGUCUUGGGCAUUCUCAUUGAGGCUAGUCAGCAACCCACUGUGACCAUUUGUUCUGUGUGUGAACGUCUUACUCCAAAUGUGGACCUAUUCCAAACUCUCCCUUUUCAGGUGGGUGAGACUAAGAAUCCAGCUUAUGAACACAUUCUGACUCACUUGCAUGAAAUUAGGAAUAAAGAUCAGAAAACCUCAGUGCCUCCCUUCAACGUGGGAGAGCUGCUCCCCCAGCGACUGGACCAGUUCUUCCGCUACAACGGCUCACUCACCACCCCACCCUGCUACCAGAGUGUGCUCUGGACAGUAUUCAACCGAAAGGCUCAGAUUUCCAUGGGACAGCUGGAAGAGCUUCAGGAGACAUUGUUCUCCACAGAAGAGGAGCCCUCAAGGCCCCUGGUACGGAACUACCGAGCCCCCCAGCCUCUCAAUCAGCGGACAGUCUUUACUUCUUUCAUCCAAGUGGGAUCCGUGUAUACCACAGGCGAAAUGCUGAGUCUAGGAGUGGGAAUCUUGGUCUGCUGUCUCUGCCUUCUGCUGGCUGCUUAUUUCAUCGCUAGAAAGAUUCGGAAGAAGAGGCUAGGAAACCGGAAAAGCGUGGUCUUCACCUCAGCACGAGCCACAGAGGCAUAGACUCCUUCUCGGACAUCAUGGAUGCCUUCCCUCAUGCCAAUCAGAGAGCUUCUAAAAUGAGGGGCAGGGACUGGCCAGAAAAUACUGUAGAAGUAGUGGGCAGACACCCCUCCUUCCUCCAGACAGCCCCUCCCGAGAGGCAUGGACAGGCUCUCAUUCAAGGAAUAACAGCAGAGCCCGCGGCCUCUCAAAUCAUAUAGAUCAGGACCAUCCCCACAUUGACAACGCAGAGGGCAAAUUGUGUUUAUUAGUGGGGGAAGUUGGGGAUGCACCCCAAAGUCCUCUAUCCCCUUGCCUUUAUGUCCCUUUCCCUACAUGUCGUGCAGAUUCUCCCCUUAGGAAAAAGAGUUGCUGCUUUUGGGGUUAUAUUUUUUUGCUCAAUAUAUCUGGAAAUUAAAGUCUCUAACCCCA